AUGGACCCGACUCUGACGGAUCUGCUGCACGCCAAUCUGGAGUGGAUCUUUGUCGGCGGCAAGGGCGGCGUGGGGAAAACGACCACGUCUUGUGCGUUGGCUACCUUGUUUGCCACGACGCCAAUCAGCGAUGCCGCGUCGCCAGGAGGCACGCGCCCGCGACGGGUGCUGCUGAUCUCGACGGAUCCUGCGCACAACCUCAGUGACGCCUUCAACCAGCGCUUCGGCCCACAUCCGACACCGGUGAACGGGCUGGAGGAAUCCUUGGCUGCCAUGGAGGUGGAUCCGAAGAACUUCACCCACGGUGCAUUGAUGAGCUCCCUGACAGGAACGAAGAGCGACGGCAGUGCUUCGUCCUUGACCGAGGAAGCGGAGGCAGACGCCGCCCAGGACACCACAAGCUUUGCUCGUAUCGGUACAGUUCUCAAGGAAGCGGCGCGCACCAUGCCCGGCAUCGACGAGAUCUCUGUGUUUGCAGAAAUUCUGCACUACGUCCGCACGCUGUCCUACGACCUGCUCAUCUUCGACACCGCGCCGACGGGCCACACGCUGCGCCUGCUUGCAUUGCCGCAGACGCUGAACAGUACCUUCGACAAGCUGAUGAGCCUGGAGGGCUUGGCGCCGAUGAUAGAGGCUGCCUCGCACCUUAUCGGCUCCAACCUCGGCGCUCUUGGUGGUGCUUGUGGUGACACCGCGGGCUCCUGCGAGCAAGCAACAGCUGCGCCUUCGCUGUCGAGCGCAGCUCCCGGCGCCGGCUCGGCGGCUGCGGCUUCGUCACAGAGCAGCUGGUGCAUCACCGCAGACGAGGUCCGCUCGACAGCGCUUCAUUGGCGUCAGACGAUGGAGGAGGUGCAGACCCGCUUCAAUGACCCGAACCGCACCAGCUUCGUCUGUGUCUGCAUUGCCGAGUUUUUGAGCGUUUACGAGACAGAGCGGCUUGUGCAGGAGCUCAUGAAGUACAACAUCGGCUGCGACAGCAUUGUGGUGAACCAGCUCGUGCUGAAGCCGUCGUCAGAGCCACCGUGUCGCAUGUGCUCGGCUCGACAGAAGAUCCAGGCGAAGUACCUUGAGCAGAUUGGCCUCCUGUACGAGGACUUCCACGUCGUGAGGAUGCCCCUGCUCAGCGACGAGGUGCGCGGCGUCCCGGCGCUGAAGAAGUUUGCGCGCUUCUUGCAGGAGCCGUACGAUCCGGACAAGCAUGGGUACAUCGAUGUGCAGGAGCCUUGCUAA